UGUUUAAAACUUUUUUGAGGGGGCACAAAGACCACUUUGCCCGAAGGAAAAAUAGCGACAAGAUUAGCGUUUGUUUUCAAGUCCCAGCAUUAGUUGCUGCUAAUCCGAAUUGGGCUAAUUGAUAGUCUAUAAAACCGCAAUCGCACCCUGAAGAUGUUGUCCAAGUGUUCCCCUUAAAUGGACUCAAGUACAAGUUUUGUUUAAAUUUUUACGCUUAUUUCUAUGUUCCUCUUCAAUCAAGCUAAUAGAGGUUAUGUUGAGACUAUUUGGACAGCAAUGCCUGUGUAAAAUAUAAUUUAAAAAACAAGACCUUUCUUCAUCUUAAAGAAAAGAAGAAAACGACGGAUUUACAACUUCCAAAUAAAUUUAUAAUUUAUUGGAGCUAUUGUUUCAUUUUCACAUGGGAUCUCCGUCUUCAAUGAAGUGAAGAACGAGGAACGAGGGACUUCCAGUUCUACUCAAGAUCACUGGGAAAAAAACUAUUUUACUUCAAACUCUUGCGAGCGAAUCUACUGCAUUUGUGUUGCGCUGAAAACUAUCGACUGGGGCUUUGGACAGCGGCGCAAGAUGCCACAGAAAGAAUACUAUAACCGAACCACGUGGGAAUCUGACGUAGCCUCCAUGAUGCAGAACAGACAAGAGGUGUAUGACAUCUGUAACGAAGGUCACAGUGGUGUGAAUCAGCUUGGCGGAGUGUUUGUCAACGGCAGACCACUGCCGGAUUCUACGAGACAGAAAAUAGUUGAGCUUGCUCACAGUGGCGCGCGACCGUGCGAUAUCUCCCGGAUUCUGCAGACCCAUGCAGAUGCAAAAGUCCAAGUGCUGGACAAUGAAAACGUGUCUAAUGGGUGCGUGAGUAAAAUCCUGGGCAGAUACUAUGAAACUGGUUCGAUCAGACCCAGAGCUAUCGGGGGUAGCAAACCAAGAGUAGCGACACCCGAAGUGGUCGGCAAAAUUGCCCAGUACAAGAGGGAGUGCCCUUCAAUCUUCGCCUGGGAAAUUAGAGACCGGCUGCUAUCAGAGGGGGUCUGUACCAACGACAACAUACCGAGUGUGUCGUCGAUAAACAGAGUCCUCCGCAACCUGGCUAGCGAAAAGCAACAGAUGGGUGCAGAUGGCAUGUAUGACAAGCUGAGAAUGCUGAACGGUCAGACAGGGACUUGGGGGACCCGGCCGGGCUGGUACCCCGGCACCUCGGUGCCAGGCCAACCAAACCAAGAUGGGUGCCAACAACAGGAGGGGGGCGGUGAAAACACGAACUCCAUCAGUUCUAAUGGGGAAGACUCGGACGAGACCCAAAUGAGGCUUCAGCUGAAAAGAAAGUUGCAAAGGAACCGCACGUCGUUUACUCAAGAGCAAAUAGAAGCUUUAGAAAAAGAAUUUGAAAGAACUCAUUAUCCAGACGUUUUCGCAAGGGAAAGACUCGCAGCAAAAAUAGACCUUCCAGAAGCCAGAAUACAGGUGUGGUUUUCAAACAGAAGAGCGAAGUGGAGGAGAGAGGAGAAACUGCGGAAUCAGCGAAGGCAAGCCAGUAACUCCUCCAGCCACAUCCCCAUAAGCAGCAGCUUUAGCACCAGUGUUUACCAGCCCAUACCGCAGCCUACAACGCCGGUGUCCUUCACGUCAGGGUCCAUGUUGGGUCGAUCAGACACCGCCCUCACAAACACAUACAGCGGCCUGCCACCCAUGCCGAGCUUCACCAUGGCCAACAACCUGCCUAUGCAACCCCCAGUGCCCAGCCAGACAUCCUCCUAUUCCUGCAUGCUGCCCACCAGUCCUUCAGUCAACGGGCGGAGCUACGACACGUACACGCCCCCUCAUAUGCAGGCACAUAUGAACAGCCAAUCAAUGGCCGCUUCUGGUACCACCUCAACAGGUCUCAUCUCCCCUGGAGUAUCUGUCCCUGUCCAAGUUCCAGGCAGCGAACCGGACAUGUCUCAAUACUGGCCAAGACUACAGUAAAGAGAAGAGCUACUUCACCUUGUGACUAUUGACACUGACAUUUGGGUGUCCGGCAGUAUUUUACAAACAAACAAAACAAAAAAAAAAAAAGAAAGAAAGAAAGAAAAAAAGGAAGAGACUCUCAAAGAGACUUUUUUUGUACUGGGAUUGUUGUGUCCUGUGCUAUAAUUCUUGGCACACAAAGACUACGAUGAAAAAAUAAUAAAAUGAAAAAAAUGAAGUUCUGUUAAAGUGCCAGGUGUUAUAUCCUAAGUGGAACAAAACUUAUCUUCGUUUUCAGUUUCCGACUCGAGUCGUUUUUGGUGUAUUUGUAUAUGGCCAUUUGUAUGUUACGAUGAAAACAAGAACAACUUUGGACGGACUGUCAAGCUGAGUUGAGUCUUGAAUCUGUUCGAAAAAAAAAAGGAGAACCUAUGAGAUUUUGCCAUUAAUAGCUUUUUAUCAACUUAUAUCUUGACCUUCAACCAGUCUUUGUACAGAUUGCGGAUUAUGAUGAAGCAAGCUCGUAUCAUUCCAAUGCAGACCAGGAAGAAGAGACACUAGCCGUGUGUAAAGGCCCCUAAUCUGCUGGGGACGCGCCCCCCCCCCCCCCAAAGUAUGUUGGCAGAUAAAGUGUGUGUCGGAAGCGGUAACUGCUUAAAAGGAAGUGGAAAAAAAAACCUUUGGUAGCUAAAGAGUAGAUUGUGUCUUCGAUAUAAUGUCGAAAUGUAAGUAUUUGUCUUCCCUAGAAAUCUCCCAGAAUGAUUUCUAUAAUAAAGUUAAGUUCAUUUAUAUUUCCCAGAA